GAAAGAAAUUUUAAUUCUUUUAUAAUUAUCUUCUGGACACUAUUAGUUGAAGUUGCUGUUUUACAAUAAGGGUUCUUAUUUUCAAUCUCCUAAGGAAAAAUAAAAACUGUUAUAAAAGUGUUACAUACAACAGCAACAUUAAAAAAAUUAAAAAGUACAACGUAAAGCAAAUCGGAGUAUGAUGAACGACACAUCAGUUUUCGUACAACUUCCACCAAACAUACAAUAUCUAUCCGUUUGUCACUAUAUUACAACUCUCGGAAUUAUCUUUUACAACGAAAGCCUCAUUACAUUAAAUCAGCGAAAUCAGUCUGUUCCUGUACUAAAUACUUAUUUUAAAUACCUUAAUAAUUCCAACAAUGAAACUGAAACAAAACUCCAGCUUCUACAAACAAUAUUAAAAGGAACCGAUCUCUACGGUGGUGGCGAAAAUGAAACACUCGAUACGAAAUACGUAGAUGAAACAUAUCAGUACUUCAUCAGCACUGCUCUAUUUUCUCACUAUGGCAAUAUUGACGCAUAUUUAGCAGGAAUAAUCAACAAGGCAAAUAAUACAUCUUAUUCCGCGCUUAUGAAAACAAUAGGGCGGGAACUCUUUAACAAUUACAAAAGUAUAGAUUAUUGUUCAAAAACAAAUAAAAGCUCGAAACUUAAUAUUUUGUCAGCUAAAAAAAUUUUUUUUGAAUAUAUUCUUCCAAUAUUUCCCGAACCAGAAAAUCAAGAUAUGAACAUAAUGAGUGUAGAUUAUCUAUACGCAAUGGCUGGUUUAAAAAUUGUCAGAUCUAUACUUGGAGAAAAAAUAAACGUUUCGUUUGAUAAUUAUAUUUCAAUAUCACGAGAGAUUGAUUUUCAGGCGUCUUAUGGUAACGAAUCUUAUGAAAUGGUGUUUAAUCUUUUUUCAACACCGGCAUUAUUUUUUUACGCCACUAAGGAAAAAGAAGCAUUCAGAAAAAAAAAUCAAACUUUAUUAAAUGCAGAAGUUCGAAAUGAAGCUUAUGAUAUUUUGUUUUCACAUAUUAAUAUAACAAUAAAUGAAAGUAUAAAUCGAACCUUACAUAACAAUCUUUUUUACAGAUUUCGCAAGGAAAUGAAAGAUUUAAAAUAUCGUCCAUUUAUUGCGACAAAUAUACUUGAAAAACAUUGUAACUAUUCUCAUUAUAAAAAUAAUUUACCUCAAUCUGUGAAUAAUUAUAUGUCAUACAAUCAUUACAUUGUAAGAUUGGCUCUUCCCACUGGUUGUUUUCUAGACAAUCUUCCCAAUUUGGAAGAUGUCUAUAGGAAACAGUUUGAAAAUGUAGGAAACACAUAUUAUGAAAUUGAAAAGAUUUUGAUAAGAAAAGUUUUAGACGAUAAUCAUUUAAUAGAAAUAUUAAACAGAAGAAGUACUGUUAGUCUUGCACGAGUUCCAGAUUAUCCAAUGUACAUGACGAACAUACCACCUAUGGCAAUAAAGAUAAACCCCAACGUAACCCUAAUGUUUGCAAUUAAAAGAAGAGAAAAAACAAAUUUUUACGCAUUUAUAUAUAACGAUACAUUACCAACAUUACUCGUAAGAAGUAAUAACGAACAAGAAUUUGGUAAAUUAGUUGCAAAUGAUCCAAAUGCAGAAAUGGAAUUAAAUAUAGUUCAAAAUAAACUUAAAUCCGCUCAUGAAGAUAGCGAAGUAUUUAUUGAAAGGUUUGCCAACGUAAGAAAAGCAAACUUUUUAAAAAACCUAAUGCAUCAAUAUAGAAAUGAAACUACAAAAGAGAAGGUUUUUGAUUUUUUAAUAGCAUUUAUACCUUUUUACAGUUGUAUUGAAAGCAUACAAGAGAAUGACAAAGUUGGAGCCGCAUUAGGCUGUACUUCAGAUAUUGUUUCAUUGAUUUCUUUACAAAGUUCUUUUGGAAAAUACGCAACUAAAAUAACCAACAACUUAGUAAUUGGAUUAAGCGAAAAAUAUGUAAUUAAAAGUAGUUUAUCAAGAGUAGCAAGUGCCACUAAAUUAACUACAUUCUAUCAAAUUUCAAAAGCGCUGGCUAGAACCGUUUCGCAGGAAAUUCUUACCAAGCAACUGUUAAAAGAUGUAUCUAUUGCCUUAAUACAAUUGAUAGAUCCUGGAUUUGAAUUAAUUUUCAAGUUAAGCAAAUUGGGCUCCAAACUAUUCCACAAGAUGUAUAACACUAUGAUUCAAAAAAUUCCAAAGAUUUCAAUGAAUAAAAAUCUAAAAAUGUUAUUAACAACUAUGUUAAAAAAGCUGAAUACUAAUAUAGAACUACCAAUCACAACUAAUGGUCUGAUGCCAAAUGUUCUGCAUGAAGAGAAGAAUUAUAAACUCUUUUUACAUUAUUAUCCCGGCGGUGAACACUUUUUUGGACCAAAAUUCAUAUCAUCAUUUGAAAAUACUGCAGAACUAAGAACCAUUGAAGGCAAUCUAUUACCAGUUCCCGUGUUGCCAAUAAAAGAUAACAUGAACAAAAUUUCCUAUCGUGUAUAUAAUCCAGAAACUAAUGAAAUUUCUAAUUUGAAAUUUGAAAUGGGAGAAAAUGAUCUACUCCGAAGUAACAUGCCUUACCUUAAUUCAAAUGCAGAUAGGAAAAUAAUACCCACACUAACGGAAUCUGAACAACCUGCUAUAAAAGAAAGUUUGCCAACUGAUAAUAUUCCUUUAACAUCAAAUGGAUUAAAUUUGGAAAUUUCGAGGGCAACUGGACAACAUACUGUUAAAGGAGAAAUGCCAACUGAUAAUAUUCCGUCUACUUCAAAUGGAUUAAAUUUCCAAAAUUCGAGGGCAACUAAACAACAUAUUGUUAAAAAAGAAUUGUAUUCAACAGAAAGUUUGCCAAAUGUUGAUAUUUCUAAAAUGGGAAAAAAGGAAAUUAUUCAAAGACUUUUGCCUUAUUUUAAUCUACAUGGAGAUACGAAAAUAAUAAAAGAUUAUCAAGUUUAUCAUAAUACAAUUGAAUUGAAUAAGACACCAAUGAAGACAUCGGGUACGUUACAAGAAAGAGUGCCAAGUAAUAAUAAUAAUGAUAAUACGAAGGGAUCUGAAGAAUUGGUUCAUUAUAAUACGAAUAAUGGGGAUAAUAAACUAAUGAAUUCUGCUAACUCAGGAACUUCAGAAGAAAGCUUGUCAGCAUUAAGUCAUUUUUAUAGUCGUGGAUUAGGUGAUAACAUUAGGGCUAGAUUUAUGUUUGGUGAUAUUGAGUAUGGAAAAAUUUUAUUAGCUAUAAAAGAUUUAAAAUAUGGAAAUUUUGCUAAUUUAUACAAAAAUAAAGUAAAAGUUUUAUUAAUAAAAAAGAAUUUAGAGAAGAUACGAAGCAUUCAAGACAUAGUGAAGCAUAAAAUGCCAAGACACUUGUAUUUUAGUCAAACAUUAAAAGAACAAAAUAUUGUCAAAUAUUUGGAGCAACUGAAAGGAAAGGACUUUUAUUUUAAUGAUAUUACCCUUUUGACAGAUAUUCCACAUGGUGAAAUUAAACUUCUUAAUAAGGUAUCGGCGAAUCCGUUAAAAACAGAAGUUCAGUAUCAAAUAAAAAUUAAUUCUCAAUAUGGACUUGUUGAUUUGGCGGAAUUUGAAACGGGUUUUAGAAACCAAUUUGUUGUUUUGCCAGAACUGGAAUUUACAGUAGAAAAUACUGAAUUCGUAAAUGGAAAAGAUUUUUUACUUGUAGAACUAAAACAAAAGCCAAUAUUGGAAUCCGAUUGGUUGCAAAAUAGAAAGAACUAUGAUAUUUUACUUCAAAAUAAAGAAAUAACUACAUAUGAAAGAAGUGUAAAUAUUGAAAAUGCAGCUAAUCUUAUCUCAUUAAAUACUCCUCUGCAUAGAUUAACUGAAAUGGAAGAAAUGUUAAAAGGUUACAUUUUAAGAAUCGAUCCAAUUGAAACUCGUGUUCCUACUUAUGAAAUGUUGGCAAAGGAAAUAAAUACACGUAUUACACCUUCUGAAAUAUUUAACGAAUGGCAAAUAACGAAUCAUAUUUUUAUUGACGAUGUACUAUUUGAAAAGUCUUUAUAUCAGGUAAAAAAUUUGGAAGAUGCGAAAAAAACAAUAGCCAAUAUUUUUGAUAAGACAUAUGAACAGAAUGUUGAAUCUGUGUUUGAAAUUUUUAAUUCACAUACAAAUGAGCAUAGUAUGCUAUUUGAGGAUUAUUAUGUAUGGUAUUCACAUUUAAAGGGAACUUUACCAACAAGUCUACAUGCAAAUACAAGACUUAAUGCUGCAUUAAACAGAUUGGCUCUUAGACAGUGUGAUGAUAAAUUUAUUCAAUUUCCAAGUACUCUUUAUUUUGCUAAGAAAUAUGAUGGUGAUAUUAGUCAAAGUCUUGAAAAUAUUCCAUUUUAUUCUAAUGUAAAAGAUGCUUUAAAAAAUACUCACAGAACUAACUAUGUUGAUAAAAUACUAUUGUUGGAAUUACAUUUUAAAAAUUCAUUUGGAAUAGCGUACAUUGAUCCUAAUUAUUUCAAUGUUCCCAAGAAACUGUAUUAUCUUACUGAUACAAUAAAUUUUAAUAUUCUUGGAAAAGUGCAGUAUGAAAAAGAAAAUAUUUUGAGAGUAAUAUAUAACGAUUUUGAAAUUCCAAAAGAAAAAAGAAUGAUUAAAUUAGUAAAUAAUUUAAAUACAUUAUUUUCAAGUGAUACUAAAUUUUACGCUGAUCGAAAACCAAUUGUUAGAGGAGGUUUACCAACUGAUGAUAUUCCGUCAACUUCAAAGGGAUUAAAUUUUGGAAAUACGAUAAAAAAUGAACAACAUAUUGUUAAAGAAAAAUUGCCAACUAAUAAUAUUCCGUUAACUUCAAGGGGAUCUGGACUACUUACUUAUUCGAAAGGAAAUUUACCAUCUAAUGAUAUUGACUUAGUUAAUAAAUUUUUGGAAAGAAUAGGCUGGAAAAUGAAUACCGAAUAAAGUUGGAAAUUUUAUCGAGUCAUUCUCAAAGUCACGGAAUAUUAAAACUGAAUUUAAAAUGUCAAUAAAAUUAUUGUUUAGCGAUGCAUCAGUGAGAUGCUCCCAUGUUAUAAGGAAUUGGAGAAUUUAAGAGGAAAAAAAUUUUUAUUUUAAUGAUCUUACCUUUUUGUACUUAUAUAUAUAUAAUCUUAAAUUCUGCUCUAAUGAUAUCAAAAUUUUUCGAUAUUUUCAAAAUGUAACGAAUUUAUUAUUAUAUUGAACUUGUUUUUAUCUGUUUAAAAAAUUUAGCCUGAAGAGGUUGGCAAACCUUAGCCAACGAAACAUCGCUCUUUUGACGAUA